AUGGAUGAUAUACGCACCGAGUUUCACCCGCACGCGAGGAUCGCAACGCGCAUUGAUACAUAUUCUGACUUCACACGACAGCAUAACUAUGAGCCGCCCCACCCAGAUCGCCAGCCCUGGCUCCCAUUCAGAUGCCAACUUGACUUUGAGGUUGCGGAGUUGGCGCACGAGACCGCACUCACUCAUGAGCAAACAACGCGCCUCAUCCAGUUGGUUCAGCGUGGUAGGACCGAAGAUUUCACUCUCAAAAAUUACGCCGAUGUUCGGAAUACAUGGGAAGCAGCAUCCUAUCGCUUGACGCCGUUUGAAAAGGAUACCAUUACAGUACCACUUGAUGGCAACGACAUGGAAUACACAGUCUAUUUUCGCUCCCUUUGGGAUUGGGGAGUAGAUCUUUUGCGACACCCUGACAUUGGCCCUCACUGUGUUUUCGAUGCCCAGCGGCUAUCGAAAUUUGAUGGAGACUCGUUUAUUAGGUUCAUCGAUGAACCAUGGACCGCAGAUGCAUUCUGGGAAUGCCAGUCUCGGAUCCCUCCAGAAGCAAAACCGCUGGCGUUCAUCCUGUAUGCCGACAAGUCGAAGCUAUCGUCGUUUGGGCGCGAGAAGGGAUAUCCCGUAAUUGCUCGGCUAGCGAACCUUCCUGUCGCCAUCAGAAAUGGAGAUGGGGUGGGUGGGGGACGAGUGGUUGGAUGGCUCCCGCUGGUCAAAGAUGAUCCAAAAUAUAAAGGUACCCAGAAAUUUGCUAACUUUAAAGUUGCUGUAUGGCACGCUGCCGUCAAGAAAGUGCUCGCAUCAAUCAUACCGCCUUUGAAGCAUGGCCGAUGGGCGAAUUGCUGGGACGAUGUUGCGAGACUCUUUUAUACAUUGGUGUUGAUACUAUCCGCAGACUACGAGGAGCAGAGUGUAAUGUCGCUCACUCGAGGUGUGAUGAGCAACUUUCCGUGCCCAAUCUGUCUGAUCCCCAAGGACAAAUUGUCUUCUGUCAUGCCCCACGACUACACUCUUCGCACGUGCCGGGCAACAAAUGACCUUUUGAUUAAGGCAAGGGCAGAGCGCCGCAAAGGACAGCGGGAGGCAAUACUCAAAGGACAGUCAAUUCGCGAUGUUAAUAACACAUUUCACGAGAUGGAUCCCAAGACUACUGAUGUGCACCGCGCGCUAUCUUACAACCACCUUCACAUUGUCCACCGAGGUCUCUUUGGGGACCACAUGUGGCCAGAGCUACAAAUACUAGUCGGUUUUUUGGGACGCGACUCCAGCGCAAAAGUUGACAAGAAUUUUGAUGCGCUGCCACGUUGGCGCAAUAUGAAUCAUUUCGACGCUGUCAUGGCUAUAACAUUUACUGAUGGCAGCAAGUACGAAGAUAUUUUCAAGCUGAUAGUGUUUGCGGCUCAUGAUAUUCUUCCGAACACCGAUGAAUGUAAAACCGCUUACCUUCUCCUUCGAUGCGUCCGUGCAUACCUUGAGGUGGACUUGUAUGCAGCAUUGGAGGUACAUACCACAGAAACGAUUGCUGGAGGACGAGAAGCCCUUCAAAAAUUUUCGGAACUAAUGAAUGUGAGUUCUUUACGGCCAGACAAAAACUGGUCAUUCCCGAAGAUGCAUCUAGCUGCCCACUUAUUCGACGAUAUCAAGGCUAAGGGAGCAACUCGCAACUACAACACGAAGCCAAACGAGAAGUGUCAUGGUCCACUAAAGGAGUCGUAUCAACAACGAACCAAUUUCAAAGAUGUCGCACCGCAGAUUUUACGCGCAGACCAUUGGUCUCUCGUUUCUGAGUUCAUCCGUGGUCAAGUGGAUGAACUGGCUGCACACGAUGCUCGGAUGGCUGAAGACGAGACUGAUAAGACUGGCCCGGAUACUAACAUCACCUCCGAUUUCCAUAUCAGAUUUGGAUCGAGGCAGCCGAAACAGUCUCUUGAGGCAAUCGAGGAACGACAUAUUGACAACCCUUCCUUCAGGCGGUUUCGCACCAAGCUUAAUGUAUUUUUAAAUGCUUUGCCCGCUGUCUUACAGCAGGUGAACAUGUUACCUUCUGACGAAGUAAGUCUAACAAUUGAUUAUCGGAUAACAGAGUUUCGAUUCCUCAAGGUUAACUACGAGUCACUAGUUGACUUCCGCCAGACCACGGACUAUCUCCGUUGCAGCCCGAGAUUCCACAAUGUUCCCCGAUAUGACUGCGUCAUCGUCAACACCGCAACCGGUGUUUUUUUUGCACGGCUCCUAUUCCUCUUUACAUGUAACGUUAAUGUCGCAUCCUAUCCCAUCGCCCUUGUAUGUCCAUACGACACACCAAUUGGGAGGCGUCUCCAGAAGGACAAACACCUGAAGUUUUGGCUCGUUAGAUCGCAACCAAGAGAAACUGCUAGUGAGUUCAUACUAGCAGAAUCAAUCAUCAGAGGAGUCGCUCUUGCUCCUGAUCCCACUAUAGCUGGAGAUUUUCUCAUUAUGGACACAGUAGACAGCGACAUAUUUCUGCGCAUGAAGAAAAUGCGCCUUGCAGCCAGGCACUUAGACUAG